GAAUUUCCUCAGCAGAACCUAAUCUUUACUACAUGGCUUCGUAUUUCUAUACAGCUUCGGAGUUGACUCAUUUUCUCCAUAAUUUUGAUUUAAAGAGUCGACUCUGUUAGGAACCGACUCCUAGAGCUUCCUGCGUUGAUGCUUGAAUCGUGGCUGUUUGUUGAUCUUGCUAACAGUUUAUUGUCUUUCACAGUGAACAUGGAGUUUCACACUGGGCAGGAAAAAAGAUCUCAGGACGUCUAAUAACCAAAUAACAGUUAAAUACAUCUUUGUUUUUGUAAUAACAGUGUUUAAGUUUAGCUGUAGCUUUAGCAUUAGCUAGCGCAGAUAAAAGCAGCUGUGAUUAAACACGUUUGUGUCCUGGGCCUGUGAUGGUGACCUCCUCUGACUGAUUCUUCAUCAUCAUCAUCAUCGUCAUCAUGAACCUCCAGCAAGUCGCUCUGCUGUUCUUAUGCUGUGUGUGUGACAUCAGCAGCACAGUGAGGAUCGUAGCCAAUCAGGCGACACAAAGCCCUGGAGACUGUAAUUUAUCACAGUGUCCUGCUCAGCCAUGCACUCAUGUUAUCUUCUCAGAGAAGGACUUCAGGUGUAUUUUCCUGGACUGUGAUAAUGACACGUCAUGUGACCUCUCUGUAGCAGAACUGGGAGGAAAAACUCAGAAGGAAGAAACAAACCAGAAAAAUCAAACCCAUCCACUCCAGACCCCUUCACCAUCUCUAAAAACUGCUCCACUUGCCUCCACGACUACCACUGCUGCACCUUCACCUGCCCCUGUAUCCCAGCUUGUGGACAGUAGGAACUCUUCAGACUCGAGCUUUAGCAACAACACCAGCGACUCAUUUCCACCCCAGAAAGGGCAAAAUGGAGUCCUGGAGCAAGCUCUAAACAGUUCCUCCAAGGAUGGAGCCCAAAAAACGACCCCACAAAAUGGACACAAGGUACACCCACCAAUCAGGAGUUUUACCCCUGCACCAACCACUCCACCAGAUUCUUUAGCAUCUGAAGGGGCAGGAAACAUUUCAUCAACCACGACCAAGAAGCAAAAUGGAACUCCGUUGAAGAAAACCGACCCAACAACAACAAGCAUCACCUCCUCCACUAGCACCACCAACUUCACCAGCAGCAACACCACCACCAACUUCACCAGCAGCAACACCACCAACAACUUCACCAGCAGCACCACCACCAACUUCACCAGCAGCAACACCACCAACAACUUCACCAGCAGCAACACCACCACCACCUCAGACACCCCAGCUCUUCCUACUAACUCCACAACAGAGAACACCACCACCUUUACCUCGACGACAGUCAGCCUGAUAACCACUAGCACCACCAAUAAAGUUCCCUCACCUCCUUCCACCACCCAAAAACAACCAACCACUAUUCCACCACCCACGCCUGCUCCGCCGCCUCCUUCCUCCACCACUCCAACCUCUUUGCCCUCUGUCACUCCUUCCACACCUCCACCAGGCCAAAAUCCUUCCACGUCGUCUUCCAGAGUUCCAGAUGUUACCUCUUAUCAGGAUCGAGACAACGAGGGAACAGCAGGAGGAGAGCUGAAGAGUCACUUUAUCAACACAAACUCUCUGAUUGCCGUGCUGAUCUUCGGCCUGCUGUUCUUCAUCGUCACAGUCCUCCUCUUCCUCAGACAUGCCUAUGAGAGUUAUAAGAGGAGGGGCUACACACAGAUGGACUAUCUCAUAAACGGCAUGUACUCUGACUCAGGGCUCUGACUCUUCUGUUUACAGCUCAAUCAGAAAGUUCUUUUCCUCUCCGUGUCAUCUUUAGAGUUUGUGUUGUAAAUUUUAAUGGAACGAAGAAGACAAAAUAAGAGUGAAGUUCAUCUUUAAUUCAAACUUGGCGAUCUGGAGAUGUGACUUUACUGUUGACCAAAAGACCAAAAGAAAUGAUAUAAACGGCGAAGAAAGAUAAAUACAAAUAAAUAAAUAACAACAGCAAAGAUGAGAUGGAGUUAAAGCAGAGUAGAGAAGAAAGAGGAGAAGAAAACGAGCUAAAAGUGGAGAAAACAGGAGGAAUAAAAGUGCUCGUGCAGUCCUCUGAUGAACAGAUUCGGUCUUCUCCAGUCGUAAUAAAGGUGUUGGAUGCAGUGCAGUAAGUUUCCCUGAAUGUACAGCCGUGUGUUUCUUUCCUCUAUGCAGAUGAGCUUUGAUGUGAAACUUCUCUUUAAUAAUCAGAAUGAACGCGAUGUAAAACCCGAUGGUGCAAUCACACGAUUUCUGUUCUUUUUUUUUGUCUUCCACUAAACUUCAGUAUAUAUCGAGCCCCUGACGUGUUCAGGUCGCACUUGUUGCCUUCUGCCAUGUUUAUUACAGCGAGUUAUUAAUCAAUGCCUUUAUUUUACAAAUGUUUUUUUUUCUGCUCUUUGGAUUUGGGUCGAUGCCAAAACAGCCACUGAGGCACGAAAACACAUUAAUGAGUAGCCAAGGGAAGUGUCGAGCCAUAACCACCUUCUGUCCAGGGAAGGCGGAUUAUUAUUAUUAUUAUUAUUAUUAUUAUUAUUAUUAUUUCGAUUUUUUUAUACUGCAGAGGGUUGAACAGGACGCAGCGCAGGAUGCAGGUGAUGUUUGUGCCAAUAUGUCAUGUAUAAUAAUGCACUUUGAAAAUUAUGAUGUUUACUUUGCAGAAAAUCUAAUAAACACAGAACAAACAA